UGUCAUGCUGCUUGGCACGCUGCCUAAAAUGGGUUUCAUUUUUCAUGUUUCUUGCACUCGUCUCAGUUCCAACCCCGCGCAGGUUGUCUCACGACCACAUGAUUGCUCUCUAGAUACCUGGCGAGGUGAACAUGAAAGUGAAAACAGUUGUAAACCCAUGAGAAAACCCCUGGACUGGUAGGCUACUCACUGCUCCAGACAGUAGAGUUGCUCAGGGACAUUCGAUGCCAAGCAGAAAUCAGAUGGCAGAGAUUGGGGAACCUGGGGACAUGGAGGAGGUGAAUGAAGCUCAGGGUCUAGAGGGGGACGGAUCCUCCCUCAAAUCCACCAUGGAGAGGAAUGGGAAGACACAACCCGACGGCCUGGUGAAGGAGAAGAAACUGGGGAUGAUUAAGCAAUUCAGGGAGAGCAUCAAGCGGGUUGGAGAGAGGAGUCCUCUAGCCUCAAACAGCAAAGGGUCAAAGGACAGAUCCAAUUCAGACCAGGGGGGACACGGUAUUGACCCUGAAGUGACCUCUCCAACCCAUCAGCUGCCACCCCCUCCCUCACCAUGUUUGAGUGCUGGGUCUCCUACGGCCUCUCCCCUGAAGGGUCUAGGUGGGUCCUUCCAGAGGGAGGAGGGAGGAGAGAGUGCAGAAGAUUCACUCCAGAAAAAGCACUCCAGAACACGCUCAGACUCAUCGGGCAUUGGGGACUCUCUUCUAAAGAAGGGGGCUUCCAUCCGACGGAGUUUGCGACUUAAGAAGGACAAGACCCUCAAACAGGAGCAGCUCCAGCCUGUCACUGAGAUCACUCUGGAGGAGAAGAGAGAGAGGGAGAUGGAGAGGGUAGAGAUAAAAGAGUCAUACAUACUCCCAGAAAUACCCCUCACACCCCUCUCAGUGAUGCAGAUCAAUAAGCUGAUUGGGAUGGAGGUGCUGGAGGAGGCCUAUCUGAACCUCCUCUCCCUGUGCCAGGAGUUCCAGCGGGAGAGGGAGGAGUGCACGGAGGAGGCCUCCUCUAUGGAGCUGGCCAAGAAGGAGAAGGACCUGAAGCUCCUUUACAGUGCCCUGCGGGACAAGGUGAAGGAAAUAGUGCGGGACUCCAACUCCUUUACCUCUCGCAACAAGGAGCUCCUGGUGCAUGUGGCCCGCGUCAUCCAGGAGGAGGAGAAGAGGGAGGCAGAGCCUGGGGCCGGGGGCGUGGUUGGGCCUGGGGGUUGGCGGGGGGCCUGGAGAGAGGCUGUGAGCGAGGGUGUACAGGCUACGCUGAAGAGUGUUCACUUGGACAGGCCCGAGCAGAAUGCCUCCUGGCUGGCUAUCCACCUGGGUCUGCUGGGCAAGGCCAUCGUAGAGGACUUGGAGAAGGUGAAGGGAGAGCUGCAAGGCUCUUACCCACCCAGCUUCAAUGUGUUCAGCACCUAUGUGAGCUGUUACCAUGGUGCUGUCAGCCAGCACCUGAAGACGCUUCAGCAGCAGGUGACAGAUCUGAAGGACUACUAUGCCCUGCUGGACUGGAUCAUCAAUCACUAUGAGAGUGAGAAGAUAAUGAGCAGUCCUUCAUUGAGACCAGAGAUGGAGGCUGAGAACAAAGGCCUCUCCCUGGAAGAGGGCUUCCUGGACCAGCUCAAGGGGAAAUUCUGCAUGCAGGCAAAGGAGGACAUGAAAGCUUCGCUGGAGAAAAUAUUAGAGCUUGAAAACGAGGACAUGUGGAUAAAGAAACAGACACCAGAGACUGAUGAUGAACACUUCUUUAACUCUGACAUACACAUGGAUAUCUGGACGAAAGUUAAGAGCAAUGCUGUAAACUCCAAGAGGAUUGAUGCAAACCUGGAGAUGAGAGUAGUCUGUUCCUGCCUAGAAGAGUUACAGCUGUUUCCCAAGCGAUUUGAGACCGAAUUUAGGUACUGCUGUAACAGUGUGGAAAACCCUUCACUUUGGGCUGACUAUCAGAUAACCUACAUCAACAGCUUUACAGCUCUUAAGGAGCACAUGGAGGGUUACAGGGAGAGCUGCCCGACCCAGGUGGACCAUCUCAGCAGAGAGGUGGAAGGCUUGGUCCAUAGACUGGUCCAGGGCCUGGAGGACCAGUUUAAGAAUGAUGUCAGGCCUUACCUCAGGAGAAUGAUGACGAGGAAGUGGCUCUCCACAGAUGAGGACUUCCAACAGCUGUAUAGCAGGACAGAGAAGCUGUCCCAGCGCUGUUCACAAAUGAGACCUCCAUAUGUACAGAUGUUUGUGAGCAGCUUGCACUACUACGUGGUGAAAGAGUAUGUAUCCCAGCUGAUGAAAAACAACUACUCCUGUAAGAACAGGAAGCAUGACAAAGCAGCCACCAAGAUGAGGGUAGAGUGGGAUAAACUCAAGGAUCUGUUUGAGGAAAUGAAGACAACCCAUGACUGGCUCCACCCAGUAGGAGACCACCUGAGUAACAUCAUUGGGGAAAAGAACAAGAGGGAAAUAAAGAACCACCUGACACAUUUAGUAGCGGACUACCCAGACAUCAGUAAGAAGCACCUAUCGGCUGUGCUGUACUUCAGGGGCUUGGUGCGGGGCAGGGAGAAGCGGGUGAUCCUGCAGCGUCUCACUGAGCUGAAGAGGAAACUGGGAACCGCAGGGAACACUGGAGAUAAUAGAAGAGUUCUUUUCAGUGACAUGCAGGUCACCAUCACCAAUACAAACUAUCUGGCUGACAUGCCUUUCUCCUGCCUCUCCUUCCUCCUCCGAGACAGCUAAUCUACAGGCCUAGAUACAGGAACCUACCACAGAGAUGGUAACCUGACCAAGCUGUCUGAGAAGGCCUGAGGAGGCUUGUAAAGAACAUACUGUAGGAUUACCAGUAUGACCACCUCGCAAAAACCAUACAUAGUGGCUAAUAGGCUAAUGAUUAUUUAAAUGUGAAUGGACAUUUACAGGUAAAUCUUGUUCAUGCAGUCAGAGGUUAUUUAAGACACCUCAUUGAUUAAGCCCUCUUUUUUAUAUAUAUAAUGUCACUUUAGCCUACUGUUGUUGCAAAAGAAAGCUGAGGACAUACUUAAUGAUGGGCCUGAUGCUAAAUUAACUCCAUGGUGGGGCUCAAACUGUAUGUUCAGUGUUGAAUGAACUUUAUCAUUGAUUUACCUAUUUUCAAGCAAUUCAAAUGUGUGUCGCUGCAGUGCACAUAUUACUUCUCAACAUAGAAAAGAUUCCCUUAGAAAGCCCCACAGUCCACAGUUCUGUUUUUUUUGUGGUUAGAGCAAGGUUUUACAAUAUCACAUCUGAUAAUGUCAUUAAACCACAAGUGAAUACAAUCUUCUCCCUUUGUUAGGGAAGUGAGAGUUUUUGUUCCCCCUCUGACAAUUUGUUGGCCACUUUUACAGGGCAAUCUGGAGGCGAAAGUAACGCACAUCUGUUUAGGCGAGGUGCUGGCUAGCGGAGUAGAACACUUGAAAAAGAAAAGGAGAGCAGCACUCUCUAGAAGCUCAGAUGCAAUCAUUUUAGCUGUCUGUCAAAACGUUGGUUAUUAGGUUAUUAAAUUAUUGCAUCUGAGCUCCUACAGUGUGUUGCUCUCCUUUUCUUUUUCACUUUUACAGGGCAACAUGCAACACCAAGGUUUGUACUCAUGUGUCUGCUCUUAACUAUGAGUCCAUCACAAUAAAUCCAUCCAUUUACUGUA